AUGGCCGACUACUGGGACCCGCUGAAAUUCCAGCACGAGGAGCCGAGCCCGCAGUGCCUGCUCAGGGUGAAGAAGGACAUCUCCGAGUUCACCGCGCAGCCUCCGCCGAAUCUUUUCAUCUCGCCCGAGGAAGGCGACGUCACCAAAGUCCACGUGCUCAUGCUGGGAGCACCGGGCUCGCCGUACGAAGGCGGAUUUUUCCAGUUCUUCGUCAAGUUCCCGCCUGACUACCCGCUGAACCCGCCCCGCGUACGGUUCCUAAACACGGACGCUGGCAGAGUUCGUUUCCACAUACACCUCUACACCUGCGGCAAGGUCUGCGUGAGCACCCUGGGCACGGCGGGCGCAUCGACCUGGAGCCCCGUCCAGUCUCUGUCGAGCACGCUCAUCUCCAUCCAGUCGCUGUUGAGCGACAACCCGCUCUACGACGCGACGUGGUUCAAGAAUGCGUACUGGUUCAAAACAGCGGUAGGCGACGCCGACAAGUACAACGCCUACCUUCAGCAUGAGACGAUCCGGGUGGCCGUGUGCGACCAAGUGGACGCGGCUCUCGGGGAGCACGCCCAGAUCCCGCCAGCAUUCAGGAAAGUCAUACUCGACUCGUUCCUCGAGUCGUACGCCAAGUACGAGGACACCGUGAAGGCGCGUCUCCACCAGACGGGCUCGAAGCUCGAGGAUACGGCGUUUGGCAAGACCACGACCGCGCAGUACCAGACGCUGCUCACACGACUGCAGAGCCUGAAGGAGAAAAUCCAGAAAAAGAAUGAGGCCGAAGCUGCUGCUCCAGCUGGCUACUGA